GGGCAGGGCCACGCCCCCUCCUUUACGUUCGAAAAUCAAUAAGCAAGGGAGCUCUCGGGGUCGGAGGCAGCACAAUUGGGUCCAUCGCCUUUCUGGAGGCUUGAACGCUGAACCCCAACAACAGCAGCGGCGCUGAAGGAGCUGACUCGAAAGAAAGGAAGGCUUCGGCAUGAAGCGGUUGCUAAGCAGCCAGGGCGGCGCGCGCCUCUCCAUGGCGCUCCUCCUUCACCUGCGUUUAUGCAGCAGCAUCUGCCCCUGCGAACUCCCCUCGCUCUGCAACCCCAUCUCGGACACCAGGGAUUUCGAGGUUUUUGUGUUUCAGGUUGGUGGCAAGGCUUGGAAGUUCUAUGACUGGUCACAAAUUACAACUGUGGCAACUUUUGGAAAAUAUGACCCUGAGCUCAUGUGUUAUGCUCAUUCAAGAGGAUCCAGGGUUGUUUUAAAAGGAGACGUACCUGUGAAGGAAAUUGUUGAUCCUGCCUUCAGAGCAGCUUGGAUAGAUCAGAAGGUGGCGCUUGCCAAACAGCAAUAUAUGGAUGGAAUCAACAUUGAUAUUGAACAAAUAGUUAAUAAGUCUUCAGCAGAAUACUAUGCCUUAACAGCUUUGGUUAAAGAAACAACAGAAGCUUUUCACAAAGAAAUCCCAGGAUCACAGGUGACCUUUGAUGUAGCUUGGUCUCCAAAAUGUAUAGACAGAAGAUGUUAUAACUAUACUGGGAUUGCUGAUUCCUGUGAUUUUGUGUUUGUCAUGUCUUAUGAUGAGCAGAGUCAGGUAUGGACAGACUGCAUUGCGAGAGCCAACUCUCCAUAUAACCAGACCUUAACUGGAUAUGAUGACUACAUUCACAUGGGUAUUAAUCCAAAGAAGCUUGUGAUGGGUGUUCCGUGGUAUGGCUAUGAUUAUUCUUGUCUGUCCUUAUCUAAGGCCCAUGCAUGUUCAAUUAAAGAAGUUCCUUUCCGUGGAGCUCCAUGCAGCGAUGCAGCAGGACAUCAAGUUCCCUAUAGAAAAAUAAUGAAUCAGGCAAAUACUUCUAUAUCGGGUAUUCUAUGGGAUGAGAAACAGAAAGCUCCCUAUUUUGAGUAUCUGGACUCACAUGGAACUAUACAUCAAGUAUGGUAUGAUGAUCCCAGAAGUAUUUCUUUAAAAGCAGGUUAUGUGAAAGAGCGGGGUUUAAGGGGUAUUGGGAUGUGGAAUGGGGAUUGUCUUGACUACUUCGGGGGUUCUGUGGCACAACAGCAGACAAAAGCAAUGUGGGAGGCUUUGAAACCAAAAUGAUAUCAGCAGAGUGUGAACAGAAAUUGAUGUACAUGAACAUUUUUUAAAUUCCAGUGUUUAUUCCAGUGAUAUAAAUGACACAUCUGAGAAGAAAAACAUAUAAAAUUUGGAGAAUGCAGAUUGUUGUUCAUGUCAAGUUAUGAAUGCAAAUAUAAUGCAUAAAUUCUGGGGAUGCACAUUAAUACCUUUCUGAAAGCAAACAUGGAUAGUGAUGAAAGAAAUCACAGAAUAUGCAUUGCCAAUGAACUCUAAGGUUCUUCUGUUUGGAUUAUUUAGGACUGUGUUAAAUCAUAAUAUAUAGAUUUGGUUACAACUUUGGUAACUACUGCUAUUAUGUGUCUUGCAACACUGUGGAAAUCCUUUAGUAAUGAUAGUCAAGGAUAUGAGCUGUGGCACUUUUAACCAGGGCUUUUUUAAAAGUCGGAAUACAAAGAAACACAGUUCUGGCUGGCUUGGCAUCAGAGGAUGUGGCCUAAUAUGCAAAUUAGUUAUUGCUGAGCUUUUUCUACAAAAAAGCCCUGUGUGAAGCAAUGGUGAUGUCAGGGGGUGUGGCCUAAAAUGCAAAUGAAUUUCUGCUGGGCUUUUUGGACAAAAAAGCCCUGCUUUUAACUAAAUUCAUGUAUAAAGAGAACUGAGUUAAUCUCAGCCAAGCAGAUUUGUAAAAACCUGGAUUGUGUUUCUUGAGUAUUAGAAUACAACAUAUUUUGGCUCUGUGUUACAUAUCCCCCCAAUUAAAAACAGUCUUUUAAAAUGAAGUUUUACAUAUUCAGACAUCAAGCAUACAUCCAUAAUAUGCAACAAAAUCAAAUAAGGAAGCCUAAAGGAAAAAUGCAUCUAGUUUUGGAAGUUUGGUGUAGUGGUUAAGUAUGCAGGCUGGGAGAACCAGGUUUGAUUCCCCACUCUUCCACUUGCAGCUGCUGGAAUGACCUUGGGUUAGCCAUAGCUAUCGCAGAACUGUCCUUGAAAGGGCACCUUCUGGGAGAGCUCUCUCAGUCCCACGUACAUCACAAGGUGUCUGUGGGGAGGAAGUUAAAGGAGAUUGUAAGCCGUUAUGAGACUCAGACCCAUUUUGCACUCAGCUUACCCUGCUGUCACAUUCCUCUUCUCCGCACAGUGUCCUUCAGAUUUUCCACUAACUGUUCCGGAGCUGCAGGAAACAUUGCGGUUUCUGCGAGGCAAACAGAAACCACUAAAAACCAGUUUCUGUUUGCCCUGCGAAAACCGCAAUGUUUGCUGCAGCUCCGGAGUAGAUAGUGGGAAAUCCAAAGGACACUGCAGGGAGAAGAGGAAUGUGACAGCGGGAUAAGCUGAGUGCGAAAUCGGUGUCAGAUUCGGAGUGUAGGGCAGGGUAUAAAUCCAUUAUCAUCAUCAUCUAGUUUCUUUACAAGCAUAACUAAAGGCACCAAAAAUCUUGAAAUUUAUCUUUUAUCUUGCCCUUUUCUCAUUGCAUUAUUUUUACACAAGAAAA